UUAACAAUGAUGUGAGGAAAAGUAAAAAGACAACAAAUCAAAGAGAAAAGCUGGAGGUAAUUACCCACUAAUCAAGCUUAGUCUUCCAUCAAAGCUGUCGUUUUUUUUGCCAUUAUUAAAACAAUUCUGCAAACUAAUGGCCCACUAUUAUCCCACAAAUUAAAUACUAGCAUUACUGCAUUAAAAACAAACAAACUCAAAAUCUCACAUAAGAAUUCACAAGUGUGAAAUCUCAUACUACUACAAGUAGUAAAUUAAUAAUAGAAGCAUUAAAUAACCAACAAAAUUUAAAAAAAAAACUAAAAAAAAGGCUGCUAUCACCUUUUACACCCAAAUCAUAUGCCCUGUUUGAAAACACAUUUACUUACUCCCUUUCUCCCCUCUUCAAUUUCCUCUUCCUCCACUUCAUGUUCCCACUACAUCUUCUUCCUCCAAACAGACCUUAACCCAAAAACUUAACUAAAAACUCCUCUGUUUUAAACUUACAAAACUAACAGAAAAUUGUGAAAAAAAACCCAAGAAAUGGUUGAAACUCUCAAAUUCAACAUUUUUUUCUUGUUAGUAUUAAUCUCAUUAAAACCCAUUUUAGCAGAUACAGAAUUAAGAGCAUUAAUGGACAUAAAAGCUUCAUUAGACCCACUAAACAAAGUCUUAAAAACAUGGCAAAAUGAUGGUGACCCAUGUAAUGGAUCCUUCGUCGGAGUUGCCUGCAAUGAUCACCGGAAAGUUGCGAAUAUUUCAUUACAAGGAAGAGGACUCGCCGGAAAACUUUCUCCGGCGAUCGGAGAUUUGAAGUGUUUGUCAGGGAUUUACUUGCAUUAUAAUUCAAUUUCCGGUGAGAUUCCGAGGGAAGUUGGUAAACUCACUGAGCUCACUGAUCUUUACCUUAAUUACAACAAUUUAUCUGGAAUUGUUCCUCCUGAGAUCACCCACAUGACUAGUCUUCAAGUGGGAUUGAGGAGCCUCCAACUUGGCAGUGGAAAACCCACUCAUCCAGCCCAUUCUCUCAUUACUCAUCUGAUAGACGUGCUAGACCUAUGCUGUAACCACUUGACAGGCAACAUUCCAACACAACUAAGCUCCUUGAGCAAGCUUGGUGCUCUCUAUUUGCAAAACAAUCAGUUGAAUGGUUCUAUUCCUCCAAGUUUGGGCAGCUUAGAUAUGUUAAAGAGGCUUGAUUUAAGCUACAAUCAUCUAUCUGGACCAAUUCCUGUAACCCUAGCCAACAUCCAACCACUUAAAAUUCUGGAUGUUCGGAACAAUUCGCUCUCAGGAACUGUUCCAACUUCAUUGAAGAGAUUGGAUACAGGGUUUCUAUAUCAAAACAACACAAAAUUAUGUGGAGCGCCGUUUUUCAAAUUAAGAGCUUGCACUUCAUUUGACAAUGCGAAUGUAGAUGUCAACACACCGCGGCCAUUUGGUUUAAUCUUGAACAACCACACAACACCGAAACAUGAAGAAUCCAAGAAUGCAACAGACCUCCAAACCAAUUGUAGCCCUCCUACGUGCUCACAACCCACGAAAUUCCCUCGAAUUGUUAUCGUUAUUGGGGUCAUUACAGGCUUAGUAACAUUGGCUGCUGUAGGAUUUCUGACAUAUAUCAGAUACAGACGGCAGAAACAGAAAAUUGCAACCACGGUAGACGCCUCCGAGAGUCGGUUCAGCACCGACCAUGCUAAUGAGCUACAUAGCAAGAAUGCUUCGCCGCUAGUCAGUCUAGCAUACUCCACAGGUUGGGACCCUUUAGCGGAUGGUUUAAAUAGUGGAGAUCUCUCCCAGGAGGCUCUUCAAAACUUCAGGUACAACUUGGAGGAGGUGGAAUCUGCAACACAGUACUUUUCAGAAGCAAAUGUGUUGGGAAGAGGGAACUUCUCAACUGUUUUCAAAGGGGUUUUAAGAGAUGGGUCAGUUGUAGCCAUCAAAAGUAUUAGUGUGAAUAGCUGCAAGUCUGAGGAAGCAGAGUUUGUGAAGGGUUUGAACUUGCUAGUUUCACUGAGACAUGAAAAUCUUGCCGGCUUAAGAGGGUUUUGUUGCUCAAGAGGAAGGGGAGAGUGUUUUUUCAUAUACGAUUUCGCUCCUAAGGGAAACCUCUUAAAGUAUCUCGACGUUAGCAAUGGAAAUGAUCGCGUUCUUGAUUGGACUACUAGGGUUAACAUCAUCAAAGGCAUAGCCAAAGGACUUCGGUACUUGCAUGAAGAAAAUGAAAAUAAAGCUCCGGUGGUUCACCAAAAUAUAUCAGCAGAGAAGAUAGCGAUAGACAACCAUUACAAUCCAUUGAUCUUGGAUUCUGGGUUACGUAAAAUACUAGCGGAUGACACAAUUUUCUCAGCCCUCAAAAUGAGUGCGGCCAUGGGAUACCUUGCGCCGGAGUACAUAACUACUGGUCGAUUCACUGAAAAGAGUGAUGUGUACUCAUUUGGGGUAGUAGUACUCCAUGUUAUUACUGGGAAGCAACAACUAACAAAUGCAUUGAGAUCAGCAGCAGAGUCUUGUAAAUUGGAGGACUUUGUUGACCAGAACCUCAAUGGCAAUUUCUCCAUGACAGAAGCUGCAAGGUUGGUGAGACUCGCGUUGGCUUGCACUCAUGAGCUUCCAGACGAAAGACCGAACAUGGAGGUAGUGGUUCAAGAGCUAGAUGGACGUAAUAGUCAAUAGUGGUUCUAGAGUGCAAGUAACAUCUCGAACUAAGCAUCCACGGUUCCCUUUGGAUUUAGAGGUUUCUUAUUUUAGUUUGAGUGAAUUUAUUGAAAACUCAGGUGUACCAGGUGCAUGGUACAAUCAAGGCUAUUUUUAGCUCAUUUGCUCACUCAGAUCUCUUCUUAUUGUGCAAACUUGGAGCUUUCAAAAGAGCAACAAGAAAAAUAAUAGCCUUGGAUAUAUCAUGCUCACGGUACACCCGGGUGAGAAUGGUACACCCUGACCCGGAUGUAUGACAAAAGUUGUAAGUUCUUUUUGUAACUUUUCCCUAGAAGGCUGAAGCUAAGUUGCGAGUGUAAAGUUUUGUAAAUUAGGCUAUGAUAUAGGGCAUUAAAUGAUUAUUUUAGUUCCCCUCC